UAUUGGAACGGGCCAAUUGUUUUGAGUGUGUGUAUGUGUGUAACGACAAAACAAUUGAAAGUGAGUUUUUUCUCUGGUGUCUUCCUUCUGCGACGAAGAAAAAAACCGGCCAAAAUCAAUAUUCAUCGAAAAUUCACACGCCAAAAGAAUGAGUACCAAACAUAAUCGAAACUAGUGUUUUGAAAAGAAGUGGUGGCGAUAUGAAUUUGUUUCGAAUGUAUUUGUUGUUGUUCGGCAUAAGUAUACGUUCAUGUUUGUGUUUAUCAUCAUCGGACAAUGUGGAUGAAUCCAUUGAAUUGGACGAUGAAUUGGAUUGGGAUCAUGAUGCUGCCGCUUCAGAUGAACUGUAUGCAAAUGUAACCGAUUUACCUGAAAAUGAGUUCACAACAAAUGUCGGACCGUUGUUGAUUGAAAACACAAUAAAAAUAGUGGCGGGCAUCGAUGAUGCACUUGCCGCCGAAUCCAAAGUGCAAGAAUUAAGUGCCGUGUUAAAGAGAACUAUCCAUCGGAUCCGGCAGCAAUACAAGAAAAUGGACAUUGUAUUUUUAAUCGAUUCCAGUUCAAGUGUGGGCAAAUCCAAUUUUCGCAGCGAAAUAAAGUUUGUAACGAAAUUCUUAAGCGAUUUUAAUGUGAGCUUCAACUAUACACGAGUUUCCAUUGUGACAUUUAGUUCACAAGAAAAAAUUGUUCGACGAGUGGAUCACAUAUCGGAAGCGGAUCCCGACAAUGACAAAUGCAAAUUGCUCAACUUUCAAUUGCCGGCAAUUGAGUUUUCUGGAGGCGGAACGCAUACAGCUGAUGCCCUAAAACAAGCAAAGAGUAUUUUAGCGAAAGCUAGACGGCAUAGCAAGAAAAUUAUUUGCCUCAUUACGGACGGCUUUUCCAAUGGUCAAGAUCCAUUGCCAAUAGCUGAAAAACUGAAAGCAGACAACGUCACCAUCAUUACAUUUGGCAUUCAGUCGGGCAAUUUUGCCGAGUUAAAUCAAUUGUCAAGCGAACCGGGAGUUGAGCACAGUUUUCUUUUGGACAGUUUUGCUCAAUUUGAAAGUUUGGCGAGAAAGGCACUGCACACGGAUUACAAAAUCGGAAACGCCAUCCGCAUUAAAAAUAGAUCGCUGUGUGACACACUCUGUGAUAAAAACCAGCUAAAUGGAACAUCAUCUUGUUGUGAUUCGAAUGCGGAAUGUACUUGCUCCACAAUAUCCGGACACUAUUCGUGCCUAUGUGCACCUGGUUACUAUGGAGAUGGUCUAACGGACAAUUGUCAACUUUGUCCGAAUGGCACCUACUGGCAAAGCUGGAGUCUGUGCAAACCGUGUCCCGAUAUAAAUCAUAUCACCAGCGAAUUUCCGGCAUCGAAUUCAUCAUAUUGUGUGUGCAAAUCGGGAUUCAAAGCUGACGUAAAUAAUCGUUGCGAAGUAUUGCGAUGCCCAAUGUUGCAACCACCUGAGAAUGGAUAUUUUGUUAAACAUCCGCUGGGUUGCGAUCGAGUGCUGAAUACAGCUUGUGGUGCACGUUGCAAAUCGGGCUAUCAAUUGAUCGGCAGCAGUAUUCGCCUUUGCCAAGACAAUGGAACAUGGUCAGGCGUUGAAGCGAAAUGCGUAUUGAAAACAUGCCCCAAGCUGCCAGUACCAUUCUACGGGAUGGCCACAUGCAAAAAUAACGAUUUGAAUCUAUUCUUCGACUAUACGCCUCGCAACGAGUCUUUCAUGCAAUUCUAUGAUGAUGAAGAGCUUCGUACCACUGAACUCAUGCCAAUCGAUACGGAUUGUAAAUUCAAGUGUGGCCCUGGUUUCUAUAUGAUUGGUUCGGCCACACGCAACUGUUUACCGCUUUCCAAAUGGGAUGGCCUGCAAACGACAUGCAAGCAAAUUUUGUGCUCCGGAUUGCCAGAAGUGAGUUUCGGACGCUAUGAUCCAACGGAUUGCACGAAUCAAAAAGUGGUGCACGGAUCGAAUUGUACUCUGAUUUGUGAUCCUGGCUUCGAAGUCAAAGGUCCAGCGGUUAAAGCGUGCAGUGGAAAAAAAUCGGGCAUUUGGUCAAAUCGCAGCAAACUAUCAAAAUGCGUUGAUGUAACGCCUCCGAAAUUAGUUUGUCCACAAGAUUUUUUCGUUCCAAUGGUUGACGAUGACGAUUUUGCUAUCGUAAAAAUAUUCCCAGCUCCAAAUGUAACCGAUAAUUCCGAUGACAACAUUACUUAUUGGCUGAAACCAUCGGUUAAGGAAGAUGGUGUUAAAUUAACACUGGGCAAUCAUACAUUUAGCUAUAUUGCGGUUGAUACAUUUCGAAACAAAGCCAAAUGUAAUUUCAAUAUCACUGUGUUGGAUAUCACACCACCAAAUAUCGACAAUUGUAUCAGUCCGCCGGAGAUUUUCAUUCCCAAUUCAAAUCAUUUGAAUGAUAAUCGAACGUUUGUCGAUUGGGACGCGCCGAUCAUUUAUGAUAAUUCAAAUAUCGAUGUGAUUAUUAGCCAGACAAUCCAGCCGGGUCACAUUGGUAUUGGUAUGCAUGUGGUCACAUACAUCGCCACCGAUUCGUCGGGCAAUCAAAAUACUUGCAGUUUGAAUGUGACUGUUAAACCAUCCGUGUGCAAUACACUCGGUUCACCGGGCAAUGGUCAGUCGUUGUGCGCGAGAAAUGAAACGCACACAUGGUGCGAUAUCAUUUGUGAUCUUGGCUAUACAAUUUAUGAGGGCGAUGACGAACAAUCUGAUCAUAUUCGAUUGUUAUGCGAAAAUGAUAAUCCACAAUGGGCCUACGAUCCGUUGCUCGAUUGCACCAAAGUUGAACUGCCCGACAGCAUUGAACAAGUGUUCAGCAUCACACUUGAUGUUGAUGUGGCCGUUUGCAAGAAUAGCUCAGAUCUUACGGCUGCAAUGAUACAAAAUCUAUUGACAACACAGAUUCGUCAACAGUUGUGUGAAGAUUUGGAAAACUGUGAAAUUGUAUCGGAAAUACCGGAUUGCAACGAAAUUGCUCGAAAUAACCUCGAUGAAGCGACAGAUGAAAAUGAUGACACCACCAAUCGCAAUUACUACAGUGUUGUGAAACGUGAUACAAGUCGAAUGCAAGUCACACCAACGACCAGAAAUAAUGGAAAUAUGAAAAUUAAAAUCUAUACGAAAAUUUCAAGAGGACUUGGCUUAUGGAAUCAGAGUCUUUCACGUGCAGAAAAUUUGGAAAUUGUCAAGCAAGAGCUCAAAACCUAUCACACGAAUGAACAACUACGCAAUCGUUUGUAUUCGCUACGAAUCAAUGUAAAACACUUGAACUUGGAAGAAAAUCUACUGUGCCGUAGUGGUUCGGUGCUGAAGCGAAGUGUUUGCGUUCAAUGCCCGCGGGGAACAUUCCACAAUAGAACAUUGAAUAGCUGCCAAUUGUGUAAGCUUGGCACAUACAAUGCCAAAGAUGGUCAAGUCGAAUGUCAACGAUGCCCCCAAUAUCAAUCAACCCGGAAACUUGGCGCAAAAGUAAAGGAAGAAUGCAUUGAUCAAUGCCCGCCUGGGACUAUGGCCCGAGCUCGAUUGCGUGCCAAUCAAAAAGUUCAAAACAGUCUGAUGCCAUUCUGUCGAAAAUGUCCACCAGCACAGUAUCAAUCUGAUUUCAAUCAGAACAAAUGUAUACAGUGCCCGACAGGUCAUACAUCACCGCGCGGUGCAAUUUCCAUUGAAAAUUGCUUUGAGGAAAAGCGUGACAUUUGUAGAAUAAACACCGGAAUCUGUGGACCGCACGGUAUUUGUGUGCAAGAAAACGGAAAUCACCAUUUGUACAGUUGUUUGUGUGAGGAUGGAUUUACAGGUUCGCACUGUGAAUACCAGUUGAAUUUGUGUAUAUCUGCACCGUGUCACAACAAUGGCCAAUGUGUUCAAGUCAAUGGCACCAGUGUCCAAUGCAAAUGCCCCGAUCACUUUACGGGUGAUACGUGCGAAAUCGAAAUAAGUAGUUGUUCGAAUGAUUAUUGCAACAAUUAUGCCACAUGCAUCGAAACGGAUCGAAAACCAGUGUGUGAGUGUGCGCCUGGUUUUGCCGGCGAACUAUGUGAAAUUCGUCAGAAUUUCUGCUCGAAUAAUCCAUGCGAGAGCGGUCAGUGUUUGAAUUCAGCCGAUGGUUUUGUGUGCAAAUGUCCGCCGGGCAUCAUCGGUCGCCGGUGCCAUCUGCGACCGUGCGAUUAUUUGCCGUGCCAUCGAAAUGCAAAGUGUGUAGAUUUACCGAUAUUGGGUGCGACACGGCGGAGUUAUCGAUGCGUAUGCCCAAAAGGAUUGAAGGGCAGCACAUGUACACAAAUCAAAUCAGCCUGUGAAUCGAAUCCAUGCAAAAGCAGUGGCUUUUGCACACCAUUUGCUCUGCGUAACAUCAGUCUGUUACAUUCGAAUGAGGAAAUUGAUGAAAAUAUUUAUGAUAAAUACACAUGCAAAUGUCCACCAUAUUUCUAUGGCACCAAUUGUGAAACAUUCGUCUCGCCUGAUUAUCUCCUUGAGUUUGUAAAACCAGGUGUUCACAACUACGUCAAACUCAAUGGGCCAGCAAACAAUUUAAACGAGAUUUCAUUUUGCACAUGGAUUCAAACAAAUGAUUCGUUCAACUAUGGUACCAUAUUCUCAUACGCUACGGAUACAAUCGAUAACAUGUUCACUUUGACUGAUUACAAUGGAAUCGUUUUGUACGUGCAUGGCAAAAAUAUCAUCACUGACAUCACAUUGAACGAUGGCGAAUGGCAUUUUAUUUGCGUCACAUGGACCAGUCUGAAUGGCAGAUAUGACAUUUACAUUGAUGGCAGUUUACGUGACUCGGGCAACAAUCUGAGCGCAAACAUACUGAUUGAAGCGAAUGGCACCGUUGUCGUCGGACAAGAACAAGAUAGUAUUGGCAGUAGCUUUAGCGAUUCCGAAUCGUUUAUUGGUCGCAUUGCAUACAUGGAUGUGUGGAGUCGGCGAAUUAGCGCCGAGGAAAUGUUUGAGUUCUAUACAACGUGCGAACCGUAUCAAGGAGAUCUAUUCACAUGGACCGAUUUUAAAUCACAAAUCUAUGGUGCGGUGAAGAUAAUGAGAUCACCAUUCUGUAGACACUGUCCACAAAAUUUGGUUCUAAAAAACGGGUACAUUCGAUAUCUUGAAAAUCGUGCAUUUCAUUAUUGCGCCGAGGGAUACAAAAUACAAGGGCCUGCAAUACGAAAUUGUUUACGCACCUCAAAAUGGUCGUUACCGAUUCCAUAUUGCCGAAGUAUCAAUUGCGGUCACUUGCCAACUUUAUUGAAUGGUCAAAUCACCAUGGAAAAAACGUUGAUUGGUGAAGUUGCGAAGUAUUCGUGCAAUGACAAUUACUAUUUGGAUGGAGUUAAAGUGCGGCAAUGCCUCAACAACGGCACUUGGUCUGAUUCACAACCAGAAUGUUUAAGUUUGAUAAAAUGCUCGAAAUUGAAUCCGCCGCAAAACGGUCGAUUGAUCUAUGCGAAUGAACAUGGUCGCAUAGCUGAUAAUCAGCCAAAUUAUCCGAUGGGGACGUUUGUCGAGGUACAAUGUGAAAAUGAGACAAUGGUUAAAGGCGAUGGAUUUUUGUCGUGCAUUGAUAGUGGAACAUGGGAUUUACCUGUGCCCGAAUGUGUUCCGAUUCCAACGACCACAACAACACCAAUAACGACAACUCCAAGAGCUACCAUCACCGCCAAACCAACACUUUCAACCCCGAAAGCAAUAUUCAAACCAACAUCCAAGCUAACACAAAAGCCAAAAUCGAAAGUCAAACCUAAAGCGUCACCUUCAUCAACAACGCGUCAAUCAGUCGAGACGAAAACAGUGGCCACCCAACAAUUCGACACAAUUCCGGCUGUAAUAUCAACAAGAAGUGAAGUUCAAACGCAGCCACAAAAUGUUGAGCUAUCAACAACAACAGCAACAGCAACAAAAACAACAACAAUAGCACCCACACCAAAGCCAUUCAAAGUAAACGAUCUUCCGGACAAACAUUUCUGGGAUGAUUUGAAGCAACUUUAUUAUCAUGGUUGCAAUAACAGGGAAAUGAAACCAUUACUUUGUGCGCUUCUAAAAAAUCCAUCAAAUUAUACCGAUCUCACGAUAUUUGAGCUGCCGGAUAGUGGCGAUUUCAAGCAUAUGGACCAAAAUUUGCUGACACAUUUGGCACAUGCCGAGGAAGUAUUAAAUUCAAAACCGGAUUAUCAAUUAAAUGUCGAAAGUCUAUUUCCAUUUAUAUUGUAUGGCGGGAAUGGGUCAGUGCAAAAGCGGAUGCCAUCAACCGUGGAAAAUGCGUACCGUUUUGUAUUGUGCCUGUACAUCGAUACGAUUCUAUUCGAUCGAAAUUUGAAUGUAUCAUUUUUGCAAAAACCACCACCCAGCGACGAUAAUAUCACACAAAAGCUGAAAUACUACAUAAUACGCGUGGCAUCCAAGGCCUUUGAAGAAUAUUCACAACUUGAUUUUCACAAUAAUGAAGUUACGAGCAUAGCAUCGGCCAAAGUGACUAUCGAAUUGACGAGUGUGGGCAAUUCAAUUGCUCAAAGUGAUUCACUGGUAAAUGAAGAUGUUUUAACCGAUAAAACCAUAACUAGCCCAAUUACAGAUGCACCAGACACAACAAAAAUUCCAUUAAUACUAGAGAGUGAUGAGCAGUUUAGUGAACAAAACACCGCGCUGCGAACUGCCGCGAUAUUGGAAAGUGAAUCCGUUGACGAAACCUGUCAAUUGGAAGCUUUACCGGAUACUCCAUCGAAUAUCUAUAUCAGUGAAAUUAAAACCGAAAAUGAAAUCCUUUUUAAAACACCGGAUCGACUCUAUUUGAUCGGUCCGGUUUCAAUUCGCACACGCGCCUAUGUUGAAUGCAAAGAAGGCUUCAAAAUUAAACCCAAUCAAAUGCAGUAUUUUGAGUGUAAUGAACAGCUCAAAUGGAGUGGCAAACAGAUUGAGUGUGAAGCAAUCACAUGCGAAAAGCCGCCGACUUUGAAUGAGCUAUCAUUCCAAUCGAGAAAUUCCAAAAGCCAAUACUACUAUGGCCAAAAGUUGCAACUAAAGUGUAAUCGUGGCUACGAACUUAAAGGUGAACCGUUUGUACAGUGUCUGGCCACGGGAACAUGGUCACGCAGCAUUUCGAAUUGUUCAAGAGUUUCAUGUUCAAAGCCGGAAUUACCGGAACAAGCAAGAAUCAUUCAUGGAACUUCGUUCUUAUUCUCCGACAAGGUGAUAUUUUCAUGUGCUAGUGCAAAAGUAUUCGAAAUUGUUUGCAAAGCCGACGGCCAAUGGUCACAGCAUCCAAAACAACUCUGUUCGACAUGAAUGAAAAACCGAGAAAUUGUUCCCAAUUCCACCAUUUGAAGACUGUUUCUGUAUGAAUAAGUGUUAAUGAUGAGAAGUAUGAGAAGAAAUAUUAAGAGGCGUCAGCAUUCUUUUUAUUGUGUGUAUAAUGUCAAUUUAUUUGUAAAAAUAAAACGAAAAGAAAAAUAAAAAUCAAAAUAAACGGAAAA